UGGUGGGAUUUUCGAAAUGCAUUUUCCAACAUUCGCGCAUCUCAACAUUUUAUCCGUGUUCACCUAUAUCACGGGCGAGACGCAAGUUCCAGGUCGUCUGCACCGCCCUCCAAUCUUCGGCCUGUUUCUCUUCGCACACUUAAAACAUUGACUGAGGACUCGUGGCGGUAUUUCAUCAUGACAGGAUUGAUCGACAAUCUGGCCUACGUGCCCCAGCCGAUUCAGCUUCUUCUUGCUGGUAUUGGCGCCCUUUUUCUCACCUCCAAAGCCCUGAGCUACGUCAAGUUUCUCCUUGGAGUCUUUCUGCUUAGCGGAACUAGUCUUCGCAAGUAUGGCAAGCCAGGCACUUGGGCCGUUGUGACCGGCGCAUCCGAUGGUCUUGGCAAGGAGUUUGCCUACCAGCUCGCCAGCAAGGGCUUCAACCUCGUCCUCGUCUCCCGAACCCAAUCGAAGCUCGAGACUCUCGCUCAUGAGAUCGAGGCCAAGUUCUCAGGCAAGAUCCAGGUCAAGGUGCUUGCCAUGGAUUUCUCCCGCGACGACGACGCCGACUAUGACAGACUGGCCCAGCUCAUCAACGGUCUCGAUGUUGGCAUCCUGAUCAACAACGUCGGCCAGAGCCACAGCAUCCCCGUCCCCUUCCUCGAGACCUCCCGCAGCGAACUACAGAGCAUCGUCUCCAUCAACUGCCUCGGCACUCUAAAGACCACCCAGGUCGUCGCGCCCAUCAUGCAGCAGCGCAAGCGUGGUCUCAUCCUCACUAUGGGCUCCUUUGCUGGCUGGAUGCCCACCCCAUACUUGGCCACAUACUCCGGCAGCAAGGCUUUCCUCCAGCACUGGAGCAGCUCUCUCGCUGCCGAGCUGAAGCCCCAGGGCGUUGACGUCCAGCUCGUCCUCAGCUACCUCAUCACCACCGCUAUGAGCAAGGUUCGUCGCUCGAGUGCCAUGAUUCCUAAGCCCAAGGACUUUGUCCGCGCGACCCUUAGCAAGAUUGGCUCCGGCGGCUACCAGAACUUUGCUUACACCUACACGCCCUGGUGGACGCAUGCACUGAUGCUUUGGGCUGUUGAGAGCACCAUCGGCGCUGCCCACAGCCUGGGUAUCUGGUUUAACCUCAAGAUGCACGUCGACAUUCGCAACCGUGCGCUCAGGAAGGCCGCCCGCGAGGCCAAGAAGCAGUAAAAAAGAGCUAGUAGUCAUCGUGAUGAUUGGGCCACAACAUUGAGGUAGAUGAAUGCGACACCUAGCUCCUCUGGGGUUAAUAAGUUUCCAAAUAAGGAAUCAUUCAAUGUUGAAUUUGAUAGCUAGGUAUGAAAGGGCAUUGGGAAUCAUUGAUAGGUUAGUGUUGGUGACUCAGGUAUCGUGUCACCAGAAGGAUGUUGUCAAUGGAAUAAACUAGAGCCAUGAGUUCACGAAUCGAAAGUAUUAGAUAACGUUGUUCAAUGCCAAUCAAAAAGCGCGAU